GACUCCUUUGUUUUGCUCCUCUCUCUCUCUCUCUCUCUCUCUCUCUCUCCUCUCUCUCUCAAAGGGCAACAACGAAAUCGUCGCCUUCUCUUUAACAGUCACCGGCGAUCAAUCUCCGGUAAUCAGAACUUUUUCCAUUCGUCGACAUGGCGAUGACCAUCGAAGACUUGCUGGACUUGCUUUCAUGUUUUCAUCUAGUAUCCUCCUACAAAUCCUGGCGUGCGCGAUAUAUGGUAAUUGGUGGCCAAUGCUAUCAGCACUCAUGUAUGUAGUGGUGCCUAUGCCUUGUAUGUUCUUUGGAGGAGGCUCAACCCAAUUUCUUACUAGUCGGGACGGUGGAGGGUGGAUAGAUGCAGCUAAGUUCUUGACGGGAGCAUCGACAGUGGGGAGCCUCGCUAUCCCAAUCAUCUUAAGGCAUGCACAUAUGAUCGAGACUGGCGCAAUGCUCAUAGAAUUCACAUCGUUCUUCAUAUUCAUUUGCACUGUCAUGUGUUUUCACCGGGCUAGUCUUGAUGAUGACUGGUAGGUAACAGAGAGCCUUGUUGCUCGUGAUUUACUAAUUGGAUUCGUAUGAGUUAUUAUGAACCCGAGAAAAAAAAAAGUGGUUAGGAAAGUUGUGUUCUUCUCACUCUUUUGUAAAGCUUUGUAUCAAUCAGUGUCUGUGUAAAAAGUUGUAUUCAUCAUUGUGAAUGUUUUCUGGAAACAAGUGCCAAAAAUAUGUGGUUUUACAUGUUCAGGGAACAGUUUUUUGUUGCAGGA